AUGUCUUCUCCAUUUGCCCAAGCUAUCCAAGUUAUUACCAGAGCCCUUGGGCCUCUUCCCAAAUAUCAGUUCACUCCGGGGAAUGAUGAUACAUCCAAGGAGACUGGCCUUCUUCAGGACUUGCAACACUUGAGUGUUGAAGACUACAAGACGUUGAAAGAUGUUUUAGAUGCCACGGUUUCUGGCGAAGAGGAUGACAACGAGCUUUUGCAGGAGCGUAUCGUAACAUUGCUGGCUAAACUACCUCCUAAUUCCAGGGAAGGUAAACAAGCUACCGAUGCUUUCGUCAACACACUCUGGAACUCGCUUGAGCACCCUCCUGCUCAGAUUUCAGCUCGAGAUGCUUGCUACCGUACAGCAAACGGCUCCUAUAACAACCUCGAAGCUCCUGCUAUGGGAGCCGCCAACACCCGCUAUACACGGACGACCCCUGCUAAGGUAUUCCAGGGGCCUAACUUACCAGACCCGGGUCUUAUUUACGAUAGUAUCAUGGUCAGGGAUGAAGCAUCAUUCCGCGAGCAUCCAAACAAGAUAUCUAGCGUGCUAUUCUACCUUGCAACAAUCAUCACUCACGAUGUCUUCCAGACAGACUCACGAGACGCAAACGUUAACUUGACCUCGUCGUAUCUCGAUCUUUCGCCUUUGUAUGGUCGUAAUGACGAAGAGCAAAAGGCCAUGCGAACUUUCAAAGAUGGAUUACUCAAACCAGACUGUUUUUCGUCAAGGAAUCUUCUUGGAUUUCCUCCAGGAGUAGGAGUGUUUUUGAUCAUGUUCAAUCGGUUUCACAACUAUGUCGUAACUCAGCUGGCAGGGAUUAAUGAGAACGGCCGCUUCACCAAGCCGGCCGCUACUAGCGAAGGUGGUAAUUGGGAGGCGUGGGAGAAAUACGAUAACGACCUAUUCCAGACAGGACGACUCAUUACCUGCGGGCUCUAUGUCAACAUCAUCCUUAAGGAUUACGUCCGAACGAUACUGAAUGUAAACCGCUCUGGCACUACAUGGGGCCUAGACCCACGGACGCAAGAGAAGAAGAACAUAUUCAACAGUUCACCAGCCCCAGAGGCUACAGGUAACCAAGUUUCCAUCGAGUUCAAUCUCAUUUAUAGAUGGCACAGCGCCCUGUCGACGCGUGACGAGAAAUGGGUAAAUGAUGACUUCCGUAAAAUACUCGACGGCGCGGAUCCUGCCAAAGCGAGCGUUGACGAAGUAUUGCAAGCCUUAGCAAGAUCCCGGCGCAGCAUCCCCAACAACCCGGAUGAGCGAGAUUUCGCCGGUCUAUACCGAGGUGAUGAUGGGACUUACUCUGAUGACAAUCUCGUCGAUAUCCUAACCACUUCUAUCGAGGAUGUCGCCGGCGCGUUCGGAGCGAACCAAGUCCCAAGCGCAUUGCGAGUUAUCGAAAUCCUCGGAAUUACGCAAGCACGAGAAUGGCAUGUAGCCACGCUGAAUGAGUUCCGGCAGCAUUUUGGCUUGAAGAAGCAUGACACGUUCGAAGAUAUCAACUCAGACCCUGCGGUCGCGGGGAAGUUAACGUCGCUUUACGACUCGCCUGACGCAGUUGAGCUAUAUCCAGGGCUCGUAGCUGAGAAGCCUAAGCCGCCCAUGUCUGGCAGCGGACUCUGCGUCAACGUCACGACGAGCCGCGCCAUCCUUUCCGAUGCCGUGGCGCUCGUUCGCGGAGAUCGCUUCUAUACUACUGACUACACUCCUGCGAACUUGACGAACUGGGGUUAUAAUGAGGCCAAUUUCGACCUCAAAGUAGACCAGGGACAAGUGAUGCACAAGUUGGUAUUCCGCGCGUUCCCAUUCCACUUCGCGCGCAACAGCAUCCAUGCGCAUUUCCCAUUCGUUGUACCGAAGGAGAAUAAGGUCAUACACGAAGCUCUUGGCACAUCUGAAUUAUAUUCGUGGGAAAAGCCCACGCGGCAACUAGAUCCAGUGGUUAUCAAAUCCCACAAAGCCGUUAGCCAAGUGUUGGGUAAUAACAAGGACUUCUACGUUCCCUGGGGUGAAGGUAUAUCCCACCUCGUCAGCCCCCCUGGGAAGACCUUCGCAAAAGACUUUUGUCUAGCGGGCGACGGCACAGCCAACCAGCAUAAUAGGGACCAUGUCGCCAGAUGUCUCUACCAGCCCAGGGAGUGGGAAGCGGAGAUCAAGCAUUUCUUUAAUCAGACUACCAAGAAUCUGCUGAAGAAAGCCGGCCGGGCGUUACCACACAAUCCCACCACAUCGGCGUCGGCCAAAAACUUCGAAGUUGACAUUGUCCGAGACAUCAUUAUCCCGCUUAACACGCGCUUCGUCGCGGAGUUCUUCGGACUACCGAUUAAAACGGCGGAGACCUCGCCCCACGGCAUCUACACAGAGCACGAGCUAUACGGGCUACUGUCAGCCAUGUUCUCCGCCGUAUUUUUCGACAGCGACCCAGCUAAUUCCUUCAAACUGCGGACUCUGUCACGCGAACUUGCUCUGGGGCUAGAACAACUUGUACGGCUGGAGGCCGAAGCCGAUGCGAAGACUGGUUGGGUAGCCGGAAUGGCGGCACGAUUGGGUUUUAUAUCUGCUGGGAAAGAUAAGUCGAAUGCCGGGGGUAAGGAUGACUGGCCUGGGCUCCCGCAUUAUGGGCGACAGUUGCUUUCCCGUAUGAUGGAGAAGGGGAAGACGGUUGAGGAGUGUAUUGCGGGGACUGUUAUGCCUAUUAGCGCUGCCGGAGCCACAAUCAUGUCAGGCCUGCUCUCGCAGUGUCUAGAUUACUUCCUAGGAGCAGGGAGCGAACAUCUGCCCGAACUGUAUCGCCUAGCUCACGAAGACACAACUGAAGCUGACGAUAAGUUGAUGCAUUACCUCCUAGAAGGCAUCCGCCUCCGCGGCACCGUCGUAGUAGCGCGCUUCGUCCCAUCCACCAGCCGCGCCCAAACCAUCACCGACGACAUCCCCUGCCUACCCAACCCAUCCUCCCCAACCAGCCCAUCCCCCAUCCCGAACCCCCCUUCCUCACGCCCCUCCUCCACCCGCACAUACACCCUCCUUCCAACCCAACGCGCCAUAAUCGACCUAGUAACCGCCUCCCACGACGCCGCCGCCUUCCCCGACCCCGAGUCCCUGCGUCUCGACCGCCCGGUAUCUUCGUACCUGCCCUGGGGCGCCGGCCCGCAUAAAUGCCUAGGCGAGGGACUGACGCGGGUCGCUCUCGCGGCCGCGUUUAAGGUAUUGUUGCAAUUACCGGGUUUACGGCGUGCUCCCGGUCCGCGGGGCGAGUGCAAGAGUCUCGAGUUCAAGGAGUGGCGGGGCCAAGUUGGGCGGAAGGCUGUGCGUGGCGGCGGCGACGAGUGGACUGGACUGAGGGUGUAUAUGACGCCCGAUCAGAGCGCGUAUUCCCCUGUGCCGACGACGAUGCGGGUGCGGUGGGAUGGUGUGGCUAUUACUGCUGAGGGAGCAGAGAGGGGGUGGGUUGAUGUUGGGGGUAAGUAA